GUGACUGCCUGUUGGACCAGCCUCAGAAGCAGCUCACCCUUCAGGACAGCCUGCCUGGCUCCAGCUAUAGGCUGCACCGUCAGUGUGAGUUGGCCUUCGGUUCGGGCUCCAAACCCUGCCCAUACAUGCAGCCAUGCGCUAAGCUGUGGUGCACCGGGAACGCUCGUGGGCAGCAGGUCUGUCAGACCCGACACUUUCCCUGGGCUGACGGUACCAGCUGCGUUUACGGCAAAGUCUGCUACAGAGGCGCCUGUGUUGACAAGCGUAGCACAAUGAACGUCAAGGUGGAUGGCCGGUGGGGUAAGUGGGGUGGAUUUGGAGACUGCUCCAGAAGUUGUGGUGGAGGUGUUCAGCUGGCCAGGAGAGAGUGUGACAAUCCAGUCCCUGAGAAUGGUGGGAAAUACUGCUAUGGCCUUCGCAUCAAAUACCGCUCAUGUAACCUCAAUGCUUGUCCUGAAACAGGCAAACGUUUCCGCGAGGAGCAGUGUGAGGCAUUCAAUGGCUUAAACCUGAACACCAGCAGACUGGGAUCCAGUGUGGUUUGGAUCCCUAAAUAUUCCGGCAUCUCUCCUAAGGAUAAAUGCAAGCUUAUCUGCCGGGCCAAUGGAACUGGAUACUUCUCUGUUCUUUCACCAAAGGUUGUGGAUGGGACGCCGUGCUCCCCUGACACCUCAGCCGUGUGUGUUCAGGGGAAAUGCAUCAAGGCAGGCUGCGAUGGCAAGCUGGACUCUGACAAGAAGUUUGACAAGUGUGGUGUGUGUGGCGGGGACAACCAGAGCUGCAAGAAGAUCUCAGGGAUGUUCACAAAGCCUGUUAGUGGUUAUAACUUUGUGGUGACGCUGCCCACUGGAGCCUCUAAUAUUGACAUCCGCCAACGGGGGUACAGAGGAAUGGUCAGUGAUGAGAACUACCUCGCUGUGAAGAAUCGCCAUGGUAAAUACCUUCUGAACGGCAACUAUGUGGUGUCAGCUGUAGAGCGAGACCUUCUACUUAAAGGCACCCUGCUACGCUACAGUGGCACCUCUACAUAUGUGGAGAUUCUCCAGGCCACCAGACCUCUGCAAGAACCUCUAACUGUAGAGGUGCUCUCUGUGGGGAAGAUGACUCCUCCCAGGAUCCGCUACUCCUUCUACAUGUCGAAGGAGCAUAAAGAUGAAAAGACUCUUCGGAAAGAGGAGAGAAGCCACAAGCUACAGAACAGUGUCUUGAUCAAUGGCAAAAAUACAGUAAUUAAGAAUGAGGUGAUGGGUAAGAGACUUGUUAGUCACUGGAAAACAGCAGGGUGGGAUUCAUGUACAGUUACUUGUGGAAAUGGUCUACAGCAGCGGUUGGUCCAAUGCCAGAGCACAGAAGGACAUCUUACAACUGAUUGUGACAUUACUAAAAGGCCAGCAGCAGUAAGAGCAUGCGGGGAUCCAUGUCCAAUAUGGAAUGUAGGAACUUGGUCUCAGUGCUCUAAGUCCUGUGGAAGAGGCUUUAAAAGACGUUCAGUGUGCUGCACAACUGAGAAUGGACUUAAUCUGCCAAGAAACCAUUGCUCUGGAAAGAGGAAGCCUCAGGAACUGGACCUUUGCAACUUGACACCAUGUUAGUACCAAAGAAACCCAAGGGGUUUAUUGAAAUCUUUCUCAAAUUAUUUUUACAAUUCCACUGCUGUGUUAGGAGCAAGAACUCUUGAAAGCAGCCAGUAUGUGAUGGGGUUUCAGAUACUCCACUGUCUUGAAAGACAUUUGUUUACUAAAGACAAAAAAGUUAAA